AUGUCCCUGCCCUCUGCCAAACACUUCAGGCCAGAUACCGCUGCUGCUGCUGCCGCGAGCCAUACGCCCUCCGAGGACCGCCAGCCGUCCGGAGAUGUGACGAUGUACGCCUACGACGAGGCAGAGACAGACCCCGAGGCCGCGGCGAGAGCCAUGCUGCCCGUCAGCCAGGUGCAGACAGACUCGGCAGAGUGGCAGGAGACCAUCGAGAAGGUCGUGCGGUGCGUGGUCUCGAUUCACUUCUGCCAGACGGCUUCGUUUGAUACGGACCUGUCCAUGGCCAGCCAGGCAACGGGGUUCGUGGUCGAUGCGAAGAACGGCUAUAUCAUGACCAACAGGCAUGUGGUCUGCGCCGGGCCCUUUUGGGGAUACUGCAUCUUCGAUAACCAUGAAGAGUGUGAUGUGAAGCCAAUAUAUCGAGACCCCGUCCACGACUUUGGUAUCCUGAAAUUCGACCCUGCCGCAAUCAAAUAUAUGCCCCUGACCGAGCUGAAGCUACGGCCUGACUCAGCCAAAGUAGGCGUAGAGAUCAGAGUGGUAGGAAACGACGCAGGAGAGAAGCUGAGCAUUCUGUCCGGCGUCAUCAGUCGGCUGGAUCGAAACGCUCCGGAGUAUGGUGAAGGGUACAGUGAUUUCAACACAAACUACAUCCAGGCUGCUGCUGCAGCCAGUGGUGGGAGCUCAGGCAGUCCGGUCGUCAAUAUUGAUGGCUACGCGAUUGCUUUACAGGCCGGUGGACGUGCAGACGGCGCUGCCACGGAUUAUUUCCUGCCUCUUGACCGGCCCCUUCGCGCGUUGCAGUGCAUCCAAAACGGCCAGCCAGUGACCCGCGGUACCAUACAGACCCAAUGGAUCAUCAAGCCGUUUGAUGAGUGUCGAAGACUCGGCCUGUCUCCGGAAUGGGAGGCUGCUGUACGGUCAGCUGCGCCCAAGGAGACCGGCAUGCUUGUUGCUGAGAUCGUGCUCCCAGAAGGCCCCGGAGAUGGUAAACUGCAGGAAGGUGACGUCCUGGUCAAGGUCAAUGGAGAUCUCCUCACCCAAUUCGUCAAGCUAGAUGCCAUCCUGGACUCUUCUAUAGGACAGGACGUCACUUUGUUGGUACAAAGGGGCGGCGAGGAUCUCGAGGUCAAGUGUCAGGUACAGGACCUUCAUGGCAUUACUCCUUCACGGUAUGUCAGCGUUGCUGGUGCCAUCUUCCACGACCUAUCGUACCAGCAGGCAAGACUGUAUUCCAUUCCUUGCCGUGGAGUCUACGUCUGUGAAGCCGCCGGUUCGUUUAAGCUGGAAAACGCCUUUUCCGGCUGGAUUAUUGAUGCCAUUGACAAGAGGCCGACCAAGAACUUGGAUGAAUUCAUCCAAGUUAUGAAGACCAUACCGGAUCGCCAUUGGCACCCUCAGAUGAGGCUUGCCGAAAGAAACGAUGCUACUGGUCUCUGGGAUUUCACUGACUUAGCUGACCCUUUGCCUGCAGAACCUCCUGUUCCCAGACGUGCAGACUUUAUCCAUCUCAAUGGUGUCAAGCACGCUGCUGCCAACGAUAUUGUUCGCAGCUUUGUCCGCGUAUCUUGUACCAUGCCUGUCAGGCUCGACGGGUUCCCACAAGCCCGGACUCAUGGUUUCGGUCUGGUCAUCGACGCUGAAAAGGGGCUUGUCAUCAUUUCUCGAGCCAUCAUUCCAUUUGAUCUCUGUGACAUUAACAUCACAGUCGCUGAUUCCAUCAUAGUUAGAGGCAAGGUUGUCUUCAUGCACCCGCUUCAGAACUAUACGGUCAUCCAGUAUGACCCCAGCCUGGUUCAGGCUCCCGUCAAAUCCGCCAAAUUGAGCACAGAAUACAUGCAGCAGGGUGCUGGAACCCUCUUCGUUGGCUUCAAUCAGAACUUCCGUAUUGCUGUAACGGCCACGACUGUCACGGAUAUAACCACUGUUGCAAUCCCGCCCAAUGCCGCUGCUCCACGAUACCGUGCUAUCAACCUGGAUGCUAUCACUGUCGAUACAGGCCUCAGCACCCAGUGCACCAGCGGUGUUCUGUUAGGAGAAGAUGGUGUCGUCGAGGCUCUCUGGCUCAACUACCUGGGUGAACGAACCGAAAGCUCUCACAAAGAUGUUGAGUAUCAUCUUGGUCUAGCUACACCAUCUCUCCUCCCAGUCCUUUCUCAGAUCCAAAGCGGCGCCAUCCCCAAACUUCGAAUCCUCGACAUGGAGACCUACGUUAUCCAGAUGAGCCAGGCUCGCGUCAUGGGCGUAUCUGAAGAAUGGAUUCGCAAGGUUGCCAUCGCUAACCCAGCGCGUCAUGAGCUAUUCAUGGUACGAAAAGUAGACUGUGCUUCUCCUUCGUCGACGGAUACGAGGCCACUCGAGGAAGGAGAUAUUAUUCUUACCCUGAAUGACAAACUUGUCACUCGCGUCUCGGACUUUGACGCUAUGUACGAUCAAGAGUCGCUAGACGCUCUCAUCGUGCGUAACGGCGAAGAGAUGAAGAUACAAAUCAAAACCGUCCCCACAGAGGACCUUGAGACCGACAGAGCCCUUAUCUUCUGCGGAGCAGUCUUGCAGAAACCCCACCACGCCGUCAGACAGCAAAUAUCUAAACUGCACUCCGACGUAUAUGUCAGCGCAAGGAGUCGCGGAUCACCUGCCUAUCAAUACGGCUUGUCACCGACCAACUUCAUCACAGCUGUCAAUGGUGUAAAGACACCGGAUCUGGACUCAUUUAUUCAGCAAGUCAACAUGAUCCCGAACAAUACAUACUUCCGUUUGCGCGCUGUCACAUUCGAUAACGUGCCAUGGGUUGUUACAAUGAAGAAGAACGACCACUACUUCCCAAUGUCUGAAUAUGUCAAAGAUCCUACUUCAGCCUUAGGGUGGAGGACGAUCAGCCAUACCCCUGACAGAAAACGCCGAGACACGUAUGAUACAAAUAACCCCAAUGCUGAUGCUAUGAUGGAAGAUAGAGAUGUCGAAAUAGGCGAUGUAGAGCCUGAGGAAGAUGACUGA